CGGCGCGGGGGCAAUGGAGCGGGACGGCCGCAGGAGCGGGGCGGCCGCAGGCGCGAGCGCAGGCGUAGUCGUAGUCGCAGCCGCGGGCUGGCGCGGGUAGCCCUUUGUUACUAUCUGUUCUUGCAGAGCCUUCCGUCCCUAUCGUUGCUACUGAUCGAGUUUGCGGUAAACUUUGUGAAUCAAUCGCACGAGUGGAAAGGAAUGGGCAUUUCGACGAGCACCAGCGAGGCGCCGCUGCAACAACCCUCCUCCUCCUCCUCCUCCUCUUCCUCCUCAGUUUCUCCUCAUCCUCCGUCGCCGUCGCCGUCGCCGUCGCCGACGCCGUCGCCGACUCUCCAUCAGACGGACGCCGACGAAGAGGACGAGAACGUGAAGCAGCUCAAAGAGUGCUCCUCCAUCUACCUCUCUCUUCAGGAAUGCCUCGCUGAAACCAACAGGAACUGGAAGGCCUGCCAGCGAGAAGUGCAAGCCUUAAAAGCCUGUCAUGCUAGGAGAAACAAGAGUAGAGAGAAGUGAAAAGCAUUGCAAGCUGCUUGCUGCAUAUCUUAACAUUUAGUUACAAGCAUGUCUGUGUGGUGCUCAGAAAGCAAGGGAACCCUUUCCUUGAGUCACACAGAAAGCAAGGGAACCCUUUCCUUGGAUGACUCAAAUUGGUUGAUUAUAGUAAUAAUGAUUUUUCUGAAUAGUAGUAGUUUCUUUUUGAAAUAUUAACGAGUCUAGAAAGAAGUAUUUAUCAAUUUCAUAGAUUAGUUCAUUAGGGAUACACAAUUGUGGGUGGGCAUAACAUGUCUCAAAGAACAUUCAUAUUAUAUCAGUGAGAUUGGUCCGAAGUGAUAUAACUAGUUUGCUGGUAAACCAAUGAUGUGGCUAUAUAAUUCAAAUGCUUGUGGAUUGAAAUUUUCUACAGAGAUAUUAUCUCUUUGGCAAGCCUGCAGCACACAUUCAGUUUUAACCAUUGAUGCUCUGGAAAAGCGCGUGUGAAGCAUUUUGGCUGUUUUUCAUGGUUUUGAAUUUUAUGUGAAC